AAAUUCAGCACCAACUGUAACUUAUUUUUACUCUUCCCUUUUUCCCUUUCUCUCCCACAAAGCAGCCUUUUAUUUAUAUUUUCAUCAUGUGGAGGACGCAGUUGCUACUACGGCCGGUUGCGUUUGGGGCCAACCGGCGGUACACCACAUCGGCAUUAACAAAAACGCAGGUCCAGGCAUGCAUCCGGCGGUUACCACAUUAUCAUCACCAGGAACAGCAGGCGGCGGCAGUGGCAGCGGUGAUCUCGCGGCGAUCGCUGGCGACGAUCCAGCCAGACCGGCAGGAUCAAGCGCAGGCGGCCGAAACUGCGCCUGAGGCAUUAGCAGACAACAUCCGCGACUUUCUAAUGUCAACACGGCAGCGGCCACGGGCGGGCCUUAAGCCCGAUGAGCUCCUGGUCAAGUGCCCCGAGUGCUCGCCAGGCAAGCCACGGCGACUGGCAUACAGCGCGCACCUGAGCACACACACAGGCGACUUUGUGUGCACGAGCUGCUUCGCGCAGGGCUCAUGGGACAAGUAUCGCGAGCUAGCGACGCGGCGGCCGUUCCAAAACAGUAUCCCGCGGACAGCACGCAUGGCGGAGCAGGAGCCAUUCGAAAUCGAUGACGAGGCGUUGGCGCAGCUGCAGCACAACCUGCGCGAGCACGAGGCCGCGUGGCAGGCGCUGACCGGGCAGGGUGAUGGCCAGCUGCGGCUGGCACCUGAAGUGCUGGCGCAGUAUGGUGUCGGGUUGGGAUUCGUCGACUGCGCUGUACCUGAGAUCGUCGAUAUGCGGGCGCUGGCCAGCGGCAGUAGCAGCCCAAGCGCUGUGCCGUGCCUGGUGUUUCCGCGCACGGCAUUCCGCACCAACAGCUUCAUUGGCGCGGCCAGCAGCGGCGUUUGCACGGUGCAGGUCAAGGCCGUUGGAUUCCAGGCCGGCGACGUGCAGGCCAAGCCCGGCGACGUGCAGAUGUACUACCCGGCGGACGAUGCGCAGCCGGGGCUGUUUGGAUUCCACGUAGCGGCCGGUGCGCAGGCCGGCGACGUGGUGCUGACGGGCCGCGAGCUCGACGCCCUGGCAGUGUUCCAGGCGACGGGCAUCCCGGCGGUGUCGCUGCCGCGCGGCGCAUACCAGCUGCCACUGGACGCGAUGCGCGCGCUGGAGCGAUUCGAGCGCGUGUACGUGUGGUUGGACGACGACCAUCAGGGCACGGAGGCGGCGCGUCUGAUCGCGCGCAAGCUGGGCGUCGACCGCUGCCUGGUUGUUGGCCCACAGGCUGGGGGUGACGGCGCGCGGUCAGCCGGUGACGCGUUGGCGCGCGGGUUGAAUCUGGCUGCGCUGCUGGAUGCCGCACAGCCGCUGCAGCACGACAAGGUGCUGGCGUUUGCGGCGCUGCGUGACGCAGUCAAGUUUGAGGUCACUAAUCCGGAGCUGAUCCGCGGCGUGCCCAGCACUGACCUGCCCGGGUGGAACGCGUGCUUCAAGGGGCUGAGGCCCGGCGAGCUGACAAUCCUCAGCGGCGCCACCGGCUGCGGCAAGACCACGGUGGCGUCGCAGCUGUCGCUGGACUUUUGCCGCAGUGGCGUCAGCACGCUGUGGGGCAGCUUCGAGAUCCCCAAUGUGCGGUUGGCUACGCGCAUGAUGAGCCAAUUCGCGCGUCGCGACAUCUCGCAGGCGCCUAGCGAGAUCGACUACUGGGCGCGCAAGUUCGAGCAGCUGCCCAUGUACUUUCUCAAGUUUCACGGCAGCACGCGGCCUGACACCGUGCUGGAGACCAUGCGCCACGCGGUCUACGCGUACGAUGUCAAGCACAUUGUCAUCGACAACCUGCAGUUCAUGAUGUCAAUGCAAGCCAAGGGUAUCGACAAGUACGAUGCGCAGGACGCCGCCAUUGCUACUUUCAGGCAGUUUGCCACGGACGAGAACGUGCACAUCACUGUGGUCGCCCACCUGCGCAAGGACGGCCAGCCGCAGUCCGGCGCGGCUGCCGCGGAUGCCGACAUUAACUCGAUCUUUGGCUCGGCUAAGGUCACACAGGAGGCCGACAACGUUGUCAUCCUGCAGCGCCACGGCAACGCCGCUACCGACAACAAGAUCCGCCGCCUGAGCGUGUUGAAAAACCGCUUUGACGGCACCCUGGGUAAGGUUUUUAUCUCAUACAGCACCGAGUCGCUGACCUUCCACGAGAUCCCGCCGCCGCGCCAGCGCAAGUCCGUCAAGGUCGUCAAGGCCGUAUCGGGCAAGCUCACCAAGGCCGACCGCCAGAUGGCCGAGUCGAUGGCUGCUGAGCACGGAUUUGACGACGACAUGUUUGAGCAGUCGCAGUCGCAAUCGCAGUCGCAAGCGCAGAGUGUUUCUCAGGACGCUGCCGACAAAAACAUAAAAGAAAUUUAAUACGAUAUUUUAUGUUCAAAUAUAUCCUAAUCGGAAAUAC